CAAGUUCAGAAAAAAUCACGUCCACAUUCCAGUCUAUUCGCAGCAGCUCGGUCUACAGCAUUCUCGAACCUAUCAAUCGCCAAGAUGCCACCCCUGAUUUUACACAAUGUUCCAGACGAAGAAUUAUACGUAGGCGAGGACGGAGUACAAAGACCUUAUGCGAUGCUCUUCCCAAGUAACGAUGGAAAUCCGAGUUUGGCACGAGCGCGAAGGGUAGUCCCAGAGACUGGCUCGUUCGGGAAAUCUACACGACGGUCGAGGUCUCGAACAGGCACACCUGCAGCGAAGCGCGAAGAUCCCACCAUAGCAGCUGGAGAUGCCAUCUUCUCCCAGUUCUUCGCUCAAAAGUCUGCUGAAGCGUCGGAACUACCACAAAGACGGGGCUCGGUCUCGGCGUCGAUGUCCCAGCCAAAUCUGUCUUUGAACGCUCCUCUGGCGCAGAUCGAUGGAAAUGCUGGAACCUCUUCGCGCUUCACGAAAGAGCCCCACAAGGAACCCACAGAAGUAAUUUUGCGAGGGUUCUUGUCGACACAACAAUAUGCAGCAAUUAGAGAGUUUGAAAGGAUCGGUGGAAGGAUCUGUGAGGAUUAUCCUCGAGACCCACCUAUCGAACAACGACGAUUCAAGGCCGACCUUCGCGAUCCAGCAGCAUUACGACGAAAGCCCAUGACAGUGGAAGAAAAGGCGAAAGCGCUGAAGUUUGCAGGAGGAGAACACUGGAUCAAGGUCACUUUCGAAUCCGCCGAGGCAGCAGAGAUCGCUAUCGAGUCCUCACCACAAACUAUCCUUGGGCAUUUGGUUUAUGCUGAACUAUAUCGAGGUGUACCACCGACACAGGAUGAAGCGAUACCAACUGUUGGAAAGACUCGCACGCCCAAAAAGACUGCACAAAGCUUAGGUACAGCUUCGGGAUUCAACACCCAGCAAGCUACCCGGACGUCGUCAACAUUGCCUCGAUCAUUUGCUACACCUUCUAUGCGUGAAGUAGGACGUGGUAGCAGCUCUAUCUCUCCUCCAGAGUCGCAAACCUCGUCACAUACCCUCGAUACUGCCACGAUGGCCUCCACUUCUUCAUCCGCUACCAUGACCGGUACGGCACAAAACUCCGAAGAACUGUUAUUUUGUCGAAGGAUACCCACUGCAAAGCGAAUCCAGCUUCUCCCUGCAGAACAAGCUUUAUUGCCUCAAGAGUCAUUCUCCAAGCGUGUGAUGAGCAAGAUUCCUUUGGUUAGCUGGUUUAGCACAGAUAUUAUUGGAAGUGCAGUACCAAGGACAGAUCAAGGAGAAUUUGACUGGGCCAAGGCAACCUUGUAUUGGAAGUUAGUAUGGAUGAUUGAUUCAUGCACUGGUUGGUUCGAUGUGUUUGGAAACGACAAGGAGGACUAAGGUGGAUGGCGAAUGCGAAUUGAAUAAUACCCUUUCAUUGUUUUGCAGCAUGGCGUUAUUAGGGAUAAAAGGUUGGCAAGACCAUCAUCUGUACAUUGAACCAGCAUUGGGUCAUCAUGAUUACAAAACACAAGUAAUGAAGUAACUCGAG